CCGCCAUAUUGUUGUCAUACAGUGUCACUCGUUGGUUGCACUUGUAAAUAACCACACCAAGAAGACAGCCAUGGGUGUUGAUUACUACAGUAUUCUUGGUCUAACCAGAAGUGCAUCGGAUGCUGAUAUCAAGAAAUACUACAGGAAGUUAUCCUUGAAGUAUCAUCCAGAGAAGAAUUCUGGAGAUCAAAAUGCUUCAGAUAAGUUCAUGCAAGUUGCAGAGGCAUAUGAUGUGCUAUCAGACCCUCGUAAGCGUGCUGUCUAUGAUCAGUUUGGGGAAGAGGGACUGAAGAAUGGUGUCCCAGCUGGAAGUGGCGAGGCCGGAGCCUGGACCAGUGGCUACACCUUCCAUGGAAACCCUGAAAAAGUAUUCAGAGAUUUCUUUGGCGGAGACAACCCAUUUCAGGAGUUCCACGAUCGAGUAGAUGGUGACUUGAGCAUGGGUUUUGGUGGUCUGCAUGGCCGAGGUGCCAAAAAGCAGGACCCACCUAUUGAGAGAGACCUGUACCUUAGUCUUGAAGAAGUUUUCCAUGGAUGCACAAAGAAAAUGAAAAUUUCAAGGAGGGUAAUGAAUGAAGAUGGUCACACAUCAAGUAUCAGAGACAAAAUUCUCACAAUAACAGUGAAGAAAGGCUGGCGCCCAGGCACAAAAAUUACUUUCCCUCAAGAAGGUGACCAAGGCCCCAACAAUGUACCAGCUGACAUCGUCUUUAUUGUGAAGGACAAACCUCACCCCAGGUUCUGUCGUGAAGGUGCCAACCUGAUCCACACUGCCAAAGUUCCUCUUGGCAAAGCCCUGACCGGAUGCACAGUAGAGAUUCAUACGCUGGAUGAGAGAAUUCUGCACAUUCCUAUCAAUGAUAUUGUCAAACCCGGUUACAAGAAGAUUGUGCCCGGAGAGGGAAUGCCUCUGGUGGUUGCACCAUGUGACAGAGGGGACUUGAUCAUCGAGUUUGACAUUGAAUUUCCCACAUCUCUUACCCCAGAGAAGAAAGAGCAUGUUCGAAGAGCUCUGCUUUUAUAGAUAUAGGGUUGUCGUACGCAGGGUUGAAGGGGAUGAAAGAAAAUAAAAAUGGGGAAGGGGAAAUGAUGUUGUUCACAAUAAUAUUGAUUUAUUACAGACACAAAAAUACUGAUGAUGACGAAAAAUUUUUGUUCUUUAAAUAGGCUUCUUUGGUUCUGAAGUCGUCAACAUUUAAAAUGUAUGCGAAAUAGCUGUCAAGAUUUAAAUUGAUGUGUGUACAGUGACAUUUGUGCUGUUUCAAAGAAAUUUUGUUUUAAAUCUGGCUUACAGUUAACAUUUUUAUGUCGUCAGUUGUAAUAUAUAUACAAAUAGAUAAUAAAGUCCUUCCAGAGUCUCCAGCUACUAGGUCGAUUUCAAAAAGACCUGUCUACAUUUCACUCAUUCUUGUGUCCCAUACUUGUAUAACUAGGCAUCAUAAAGUUGUUGUUUUUCUUCUCAUAAGCUACAAUUUGUAUAGGUCUACACAUGUUUUCAUUUGAAAACUAAGCUACAUUCUUGUUGUGAAUAAACAUUUAUAUUUAACCAAAAUCCA